AUGGAUAUUAAUAAAAAUUCUCCAUCAAAGCUUAAACCAAAAGUUAAACCUGUACCUUUAGUACCAAAUAAUAAUAAUAAUAAUAAUAAUAAUAAUAAUAAUAAUAAUAAUAAUAAUAAUAAUAAUAAUAAUAAUAAUAAAAAAUCACUCCCCAAUUUGCCUUCAAGCAAACCACCAAUUUUAAAAAGAUCAACUUCACCUCAAACCCCCUCAUUUAUUACCAAUAUAAUAUCUUUUUCACCACCAACCAAAGAGGAAGAAGAAAAAAGAAAAAAAAUUAAUUUAUUCAUCCUAGAAACAAAUAUUCCAACAGAAGAGGCAAAGUGUUAUUUGGUGAAUAAUAACUGGGAUUAUAAAAAAGCAUUAAAACUAUUCAAAAAGGAUUGUAAAAAUUAUGUUUUAUAA